AUGGAGGACGGCGGUGGGGGCCCGGAGGCCACGUCCGUGCUGGAGAAGAAUGUGGCCGAACUGACCGUGAUGGAUGUGUAUGACAUCGCCUCGAUAGUGGGCCACGAGUUCGAGCGGGUCAUUGAUCAGCAUGGCUGCGAGGCUAUCGGGCGCCUCAUGCCCAAGGUGGUGCGGGUGCUGGAGAUCCUCGAGGUGCUGGUCAGCCGCCACCACGUCAGCCCCGAGCUGGAUGAGCUGCGCCUCGAGCUCGACCGGCUCCGCCUGGAGAGGAUGGACCGUAUCGAGAAGGAGAGGAAGCAUCAAAAGGAGCUAGAACUCGUGGAGGAUGUCUGGAGAGGGGAAGCCCAGGACCUUCUCACGCAGAUCGCCCAAUUGCAGGAGGAGAACAAGCAGCUGAUGACUAACCUGUCCCAUAAGGACCUUAGUUUCACCGAGGAAGACUUCCAGAAGCAGGAAGGUACGUCUGAGCGGGAACGGCAAGUGAUGAAGAAGCUGAAAGAGGUGGUGGACAGGCAGCGGGAUGAGAUCCGAGCUAAGGACCGGGAGCUGGGCCUGAAGAACGAGGAUGUAGAGGCGCUGCAGCAGCAGCAGAGCCGGCUGAUGAAGAUCAACCAUGACCUCCGGCACCGCAUCACGGUUGUGGAGGCCCAGGGCAAGGCCCUGAUUGAGCAGAAGGUGGAGCUGGAGGCGUACCUGCAGACCAAGGAGCAAGAGAUGGGCAGUAUGAGGGCCGAGAUCGGGAAGCUUCGGGAGAAGCUGAAGGGGGAACCCAGCCAGAACGGAGAGGAGGCGACCGAGUGUGUGUUUUGCAUCCCGCAGACGGAGUUGGGGGGUGAGGAGUACAUCUCAGAGUCAGAGAAAGCAGCUAUGGAGAAGGACCCAAACCGCCCCCGAUUCACGCUGCAGGAGUUGCGAGACGUGUUGCAUGAGAGGAAUGAGUUGAAAUCGAAGGUGUUUUUAUUGCAAGAAGAGCUUGCUUAUUAUAAGAGUGAGGAAAUUGAAGAAGAGAACCGAACACCCCAUCCCACACCCAUCGUCCACUCCAGGACAACCCCCCAGCCGGAGUCUGGAAUCAAGAGACUUCAAGAAGGGCCUUUAAGCCACGGGUUUAGUUUCUUCUCUCGAGACAAAAAACGCCUGGCCAACACGCAGAGAAACGUUCCCUUCCAGGAGUCAUUUGGCCAAUGGGCGGUCUCUCACAGAGACGACGGCUUCACCGAGCAAGGGCAAGAAGCCUUACAGCACCUGUGACUUUCAGCCUCCUCCCUGGGCUCAUGACCAGCUUGGCCGUGUCUGACCCGGAUGGUCAGGGACCAGCCAGCACCCAGGAACCUGACCUCGUGGCCCUCGUGGUCGUGUAUUUUGGGACGUACCUUCCAGCCAGGGUCACUGAGCCACGUGCUGUGUGCUCGGGACGCCAGACCUCUACGGACUGACUCGGGAUUCCAUCGUCGUCAUCAUUUGUACCUGGGGGUGGGGAUCAUGGUUUAGACUGAGCCACUGGGUGACCCGUACACAUAGGGAGGUCAUGGAUUCAGUGCUCCAGUAGUCUCUGGUCUGGCUUUUGUGCUCACUCCAGUAACACAGGCUUCUCUAAACCAAAAACACAGUGUAUGGCACGCUGGCACUGGGCAAAACUUGGUCUUUGGGGACUCUCUCACCCAUCGUUUUUCUGCAAUACGGAGGGGAGGGGUGGGACUUGGGAGGUGGUGGCAGCUCCUCAUUAGUUCUGGGGAUGACAUUUGGCCAGGUUCCCCUGGGGCACCUCUUAGCACAAGCUCUGGGAGCUGUCUCGGGGCAGCGUUCACCAGUGGACAACAGGACCCCUUGACCUCCCAACCGGAGGCAGCCCUGUCAGAAGCCAGGGGGUGGGCGUGUACCCUGGGAUUUAGUGCCUAAAGCAUGUCGAGACUGGUGUACGGAGGUGAGUGUGCCUUGGGUUUUGCUGAGUUAUAUACAGUAUUAACCAAACAAAAGAAUUGCUAAAAAUGAUCAAUUUUAA